UUUGUCUUACGUCGUACCAGUGCAGUGAUGCUUCUCCUCUGUAUUGUUCACCUUUACACAGAAAAGGAAUAGUGUGCACUAGACCAGCUGCAAGCUGUCAAGCCAACGCGGGGAUGGUUUCGGUGAAGGGAGCACGAGGGAGAGUCAGCUGUCACUGCACAGAGACUGUGUUAUCGUAGGUGUCUAGUGUAACGAACUAUUGGUUCACUACGGAGGCGAGAACGGCGGCCUCAAAAGGGCUGACUGAUAGAGUGUGAUUUGAUACAUCAUUAUGCUUUCGUCUGCAGUCAUGGUAGGAAGAGGGGUUGAGUCUUGGCCUUUUCGCCAUUGUGUAUUAGCUGCUCUGAAUAGUUGAUAUAGUGGUUGGAUAUAUCAACUGAUCUGGAUCGAGAGUCCGAAUGUUUGACCGAGUUUCUCGUUUGUUUCGAAUCAGUGAAUGGUCGAGACAAAUCAAGCUCUCGCACGUGCCAACAGUUGUCUCCAACUCAGGUCAGUCUGAGUGUCAAUCUCCAGGGAUUCGGGUUAGUUAUCAGGGGGGCCCGGGCCUUGAAGCCGUUACAUUUCGUAGUCUUUGGUGACGAAUCAAUCCAUGUCGAUUUUAUAGAGGUACAGAUUAGAUCUUACCAGUCCAAAUCUGUCGAGCCUCCGGUUCAGGUCCCGAGACCCAAAGAUAAUGAGACGACCAACGUAGAAAACCGCCAUAUGACAGGUUUAUGCGGAGGACGAAUGCCGAAGUUAUCAAGUCAGAGGAAACAAUAGAGAAUAGACAACUUGGUGAGAAUCUUUGCUCUUAUCAAGUC